AUGGCAAAAGCUACCCCGAGAAAGGCCAGUGCGAGCAAAAAGGUUGUUAGCAAGGUCGAGAAGAAAGCUUCUGCUAAGAAGGUUUCUACUAAGGCUACUGCUGGUGUUAAGGAAACCGACGACUUGGCAGACGAGAUUGACGAAGACUUGGCUGACAUUAAGGAUCUUUUGGAGCGUACUGAGGAUGUUUCUGAGACUAAUUCUGGCUUCAAGUCCAAAGUGAAAGCUAAGGCUCAGAUGAACAAGAAGAACGAAGAGAAGGAUGAAGAAGAAGAGGAAGAGGAAGAGGAAGAGGAAGAGGAAGAGGAAGAGGAAGAGGAAGAGGAAGAGGAAGAGGAAGAGGAAGAGGAAGAGGAAGAGGAAGAAGAAGAGGAAGAGGAAAAAGAGGAAGAAGAAGAAGAAGAAGAAGGUGAGGGAUCUGACCUGGAGGAAGUUCCCGAGAAAGAGGACACCGCUGAACCUGCUGGCACUGCUGAGCCUGAGAACUUUACCGACCUGAAGCUUUCUGAGCCUACACUGAAGGGUAUUAAGGAGAUGGGAUUUACCAAAAUGACCAAAGUUCAAGCUACUACGAUUCCACCGUUACUUGCAGGUCGGGAUGUUUUGGGUGCAGCCAAGACAGGAUCUGGUAAGACACUUGCGUUUUUGAUUCCUGCGAUUGAGCUACUACAUUCGCUCAAGUUUAAGCCACGCAAUGGUACUGGUGUUAUUGUGAUUUCACCGACCCGUGAACUUGCAAUCCAAAUCUUUAAGGUUGCAAGAGAACUUAUGGAGCACCACUCACAAACCGUGGGUUUGGUUAUUGGUGGUGAGAAGAUUCACGCAGAAAAGGAGAAACUGCGCAAGGGUGUUAACUUACUUGUGGCAACUCCUGGUCGUCUGCUGGAUCACCUGCUGAAUGCUGAGGGAUUCAUUUAUAAGAAUCUUAAGGCACUGAUUGUGGAUGAGGCAGACCGUAUUUUGACGAUUGGUUUUGAGGAGACUAUGAAGAAGAUUGUGAGCAUUUUGCCAAAGGAAGACCGUCAGACCAUGCUGUUUUCUGCAACACAGACAACCAAGGUGGAAGACCUGGCACGCAUUUCCCUGCGCAAGGGUCCUCUGUACAUCAAUGUUGACGAACAGAAGGAAACUUCGACGGCAGAUGGGUUGGAGCAAGGCUACGUUGUAUGCGAUAGCGACAAGCGAUUUCUUGUUUUAUUUUCAUUUUUGAAGCGAUACAAGCACAAGAAGAUUAUUGUGUUUUUGUCUUCAUGUAACAGUGUCAAGUAUUAUGGUGAGUUGCUCAAUUACAUUGACUUGCCAGUUCUUGAUUUACACGGCAAGCAGAAGCAGCAGAAGCGGACCAACACCUUUUUCGAGUUUUGCAAUGCUAAGGAUGGUAUUUUGAUUUGUACAGAUGUUGCUGCUCGUGGUCUUGACAUUCCUGCAGUUGACUGGAUUAUCCAGUUUGACCCUCCAGAUGAUCCCCGUGAUUAUAUUCACCGUGUGGGCCGUACAGCUCGUGGAUCUGGAGGAAAGGGUAAGAGUCUUAUGUUUUUGACACCAUCGGAGCUUGGGUUUCUGCGGUACCUUAAGGCUGCCAAGGUUCCUCUUAAUGAGUAUGAAUUCCCAGCCAAACGACUGUUUAAUGUGCAGCCACAAUUAGAAAAGCUGAUCAGUUCCAAUUUUUGGCUUAACCAAUCUGCACGUGAGGGAUACAAGUCAUAUCUGCAAGCGUAUGCCAGUCAUUCAACCAAGUCUGUGUACCAGAUUGAUAAACUGGAUUUGGCCAAGGUUGCGAAAUCGUACGGGUUUGCGGUGCCUCCCAAGGUCAACAUUACAAUUGGUGCGAGUGGUAAGGGCAAACGUCAGGCCACAGGGAAUGAUGGGAAUGGGAAGAAGAAGAUGAAGACUAAGGAUUCAUCCAAGUGGACCAAAUAA